CAGCUGGUCUCAAAGGUGAUAAUGCUAAUGCUAUGAAGACAACAAUUUUGGUAGUAGUGGUACUUAGUGUUAUCGUAUUUGGUGGCACGACAAGUCGAAUGUUAGAAAUUCUUAAAAUAGAAACAGGAAUAGACGAGGGAGAAAUUGAUAGCGAUGAAGAAUGUUAUAGUGAAUAUGAUGAUUAUAAUCACGUGCUAACAAAUUCUCAGGGGUCAAUUGUAUCGUCUGAUACUGGAGGUUCUGGGGAACACAAUAUUCCGUCAAGAAAUAUAUCCCCGAACAUCAAUGAUACAUCAACACAUGCUCAUUGGUUUAUAUCAUUUGAUGAUAAGUAUCUUAAGCCAAUAUUUAUACGUCAACGUGAUCAAAUUACAAAGCCGGAAGAUAGGUGGCAGAAUGAGAGCAACAGUAAUGAUGAAAUAACUGGCCUGAGUUCGGAUCACAAAAACACUAGAGUUUAA